AUGUGGCUACCCGAUCCGUCCCGGAAACACGAUUUGUUCCGCGCAUGCGCGAAACUGACGUCACUUCCUGUUAUCGGCGACGUUUUACGACAGUCUUCUCGACCUGGGACCAGCUCGGAAUCUGGCAGGGGUGCAUUUCUCGGCAUUACACCUGUUCCGGGCGUCUUCGAAUUUUAUCAUCAAAGACACAUUGCAAGCUUCAUUGACCCAGGAUCCUGGACUGAAAAAACAGGAAGAGACCUUGAGUUUUUUCCUCAACAGUCCAGUGGGGAUUCUUGUGGUGUCUACAUGCUGAUGUAUGCUCUCAGCAUCUGCACAUCAUGUCCCUUAACAUUCACAGAGGAGGAGGUGCCAUUGAUUCGCCAGUGGUGGUGCAUUAACCUCAUGGAAAGAUUUUGCCUAGAAGGGCAUGGACAGAGGUUUGCAUACUGGACCGAAGAAGCAUCCCAACUCCUUCAGGGGAUCGUUGAGCCUGUGUUUAGGGUGUCGAAAUUCACCACCACCAAACUGUCACCCAGCAGAAGAGUUGUGGAUGACAAGGACAUUGAUAAGGUGCAGCAGCCAACCAUUGUCCGAGACCUAAAUACAGCGUGGUACUGGGUACAGAAUCACAGACACUUAUUCCGUGGGGAGGUGACAGAGCCUGCCUUUUUGCAGAUGCACAGGGGUGAUCAACAAAAUGCCAUCAAGAACCUCUUGGGGGUCAAUUCUCUGAGGCGAAGGAUGCCUUUUUGUUUAUAUUUCAUUACCAAGAAGACAUGGAAACAUUUUUGUCGUACUGUGUUGAUGACCAAGGCCUAAAGGUCAAUGCUAUGUUCUACAAAGAGAAAUGUAGUGUGUGAGUGUGUGUGCACGUGUGCACGUGUGUGA